CGCCCCCAGAGGUGGAGCGAGUGCUGGGAGAGCUGCUGCCUGUCGGCCCCGGCCGGGCGAGCGCGCUGCGGGCUGGGCGCUGGGAGGCGGCGGGGCCCGCUGCCCGGGGACAUGAAGCUGAGCAGGCAGUUCACGGUGUUCGGCAGCGCGAUCUUCUGCGUCGUGAUCUUCUCCCUCUACCUGAUGCUGGACAGGGGCCACUUCGACCAUCCCAAAAGCCCCCGCCGGGAGGGCACCUUCCCCAAGGGCCAGCUUUCAAUAUUACAAGAGAAAAUAGACCACUUAGAACGUUUGUUGGCAGAAAAUAAUGAGAUUAUUUCGAACAUAAGGGACUCGGUGAUCAAUCUGAGUGAAUCUGUGAAGGAUGGUCAAAAAAACCCUGAGGCCAUAAAUUUCAGUCAAGGAUCUUUCUCCGACCUUCUGCCGUCUGCUUUAGUAUCCCUCACAGUUGAUCCUGAGGAUUGCUCAUUUGCUUCAAAAAGUGGAAGUCAAGAUUCAGAUGUACAGAUGUUGGAUGUCUAUGAUAUUCUUCCUUUCGAUAAUCCAGAUGGUGGAGCUUGGAAACAAGGAUUUGAUAUCACAUACAAUGAAAAUGAAUGGGAUGAUGAACCUCUUCAAGUGUUUGUUGUGCCUCAUUCACAUAAUGACCCAGGUUGGUUGAAGACUUUUGAUGACUACUUCAGAGAUCAGACACAGCAUAUCCUAAACAACAUGGUGAUAAAGCUGCAAGAAGACAGCAGGAGGAAGUUCAUGUGGUCUGAAAUCUCUUACUUUUCAAAGUGGUGGGAUGGAAUAGAUAAUCAAAAAAAGGAUGCUGUUAAAAGAUUAAUAGAAGAUGGACAGUUUGAAAUAGUUACAGGAGGAUGGGUCAUGCCUGAUGAAGCUUCUCCUCAUUACUUUGCUUUAAUUGACCAGCUGAUAGAAGGACAUCAGUGGCUAGAGAAGACGCUAGGAGUAAAACCGAAGUCUGGUUGGGCUGUUGAUCCCUUUGGGCAUUCACCAACAAUGACUUACCUUCUGAAACGCACAGGAUUUUCCAACAUGCUUAUACAGAGAGUUCAUUACUCGGUUAAAAAGUAUUUUGCAACCCAGAAGACACUAGAAUUUUUCUGGAGACAGAACUGGGAUUUGGGAUCCGGUACAGAUAUCCUUUGCCACAUGAUGCCUUUCUAUAGCUAUGAUGUUCCUCAUACUUGUGGUCCAGAUCCUAAAAUAUGUUGCCAGUUUGAUUUUAAGCGUCUUCCUGGAGGAAGAAUAAGUUGUCCCUGGAGAGUUCCGCCUGAGGCCAUUCAUGCUGGGAAUAUUCAGCACAGGGCUUGGAUGAUUUUAGAUCAAUACAGAAAGAAGUCAAAGCUUUUCCGUACUAAAGUUCUGUUGGCGCCACUAGGGGAUGAUUUCCGUUACAGUGAGAGCUCAGAAUGGGAUCAGCAAUACCAGAAUUAUCAAAAGCUUUUUGAUUAUAUGAACUCUCAUCCUGAGUUACAUGUUAAGGCCCAGUUCGGGACUUUGUCAGAUUAUUUUGAGGCUUUGCACAAAGCAGGUAAUUUGGAGGAAACAAACAGCAAUUCAUUUUUUCCUGUCCUGAGUGGAGAUUUUUUCACGUAUUCAGACAGAGAUAAUCAUUAUUGGAGUGGAUAUUUUACAUCACGACCUUUCUACAAAAGACUAGAUAGAGUUCUGGAAUCUUAUUUAAGGGCCGCUGAGAUCCUUUAUUCUUUGGCUCUAGUGAGGUCUAAAAAAUCUGUUAAGAUGAAUGCAUUUCCUUCAGUGGACCAUUAUACAUUGCUGACUGAAGCUAGAAGGAACCUAGGACUCUUUCAGCACCAUGAUGCCAUCACCGGAACAUCUAAAGAUUGGGUAGUUGUGGACUAUGGCACUAGGCUUUUCCAUUCAUUAAUGAAUUUGAAGAGGGUGAUCAUUGACUCUGCUCAUGUUCUUAUCCUAAAAGACACAGAUACCUAUAUCUUUAACCCGUCGUCUCCAUUCCUUAAGAUGGAUGAUGUUCAGUCUUCACAAGAUUCUCUGCCACGCAAGACAGUCAUAAAGCUGAGUACACAGCCAAGGCACCUUCUGAUUUAUAAUCCUACAGAACAGGAGCGGUUCUCAGUGGUGUCAAUCUAUGUGAAUUCACCCAAAGCUAAAGUAUUAUCUCCUUUGGGAAAACCUGUUAUGGUCCAGAUUAGUGGAGUAUGGGAUACAGCAACUACAGUAUCAAAUGAAGCAUAUCAGAUCACUUUCAUGGUGCACCUACCACCUUUGGGUUUGGGAGUUUACCAGCUUAUGGAGGGUUUGAAUUCAGAAAUGGUCUUGGCUGAUUAUAAAAUAUAUACUAGUGGAGAGAAUAAUGUUCAGGUGAACCCAGAUAAAGUGUUCAAGAUCAAGGAGAUGCAAAAUUCUGCGGAUGAUAUUAUUUUAGAAAACUCUUAUGUGAAACUAUGGUUUUCUGGGAUCUCAGGGCUUCUAAAGAAAAUUAACAUGAAAGAAGAUGGCAAAAAUUAUCAAGUAAAGGUGGAGUUUGCAUGGUAUGGAACCACAAGUAACAGAGAUAAGAGCGGGGCUUAUCUCUUCUUACCAGAUGGAGAGGCCAAGCCUUAUGUUUUCACAGAUCCACCAACCAUUAGAGUCACUCAUGGAAGGAUUUUCUCUGAAAUUACUUGUUUUUUCCAUCAUUUGACACACACAGUGCGACUUUACAAAGUUCAGGGGUUGGAAGCCCAGUCUCUUGAACUGUCCAAUAUUGUGGAUAUUAGAGGAGAAUACAAUCGUGAGCUUGCAAUGAGAAUUUCAUCUGAUGUUAACAGCCAAAAUAGGUUUUACACUGACCUUAAUGGGUUUCAGAUUCAGCCUAGAGUGACAAUGAGCAAAUUGCCCCUUCAGGCAAAUAUCUAUCCAAUGACUACAAUGGCUUAUAUCCAGGAUGAUACCAUUCGUUUGACCUUACAUUCUGCUCAGUCUCUAGGCGUUGCAAGCUUGAAAAGUGGACAAUUGGAAGUCAUCAUGGACCGUCGACUUAUGCAGGAUGAUAACCGUGGCCUUGGACAGGGUGUUCAAGAUAACAAGAUCACAGCUAAUCUGUUCCGACUUCUACUGGAAAGAAGAAAUGGAGUAGAUGAGAAAGAAGCAAAGUCAUCAGUCAGUUUCCCCUCUCUUCUGAGCCAUAUAACAUCGUCUUUCCUAAAUCAUCCUGUAAUUCCAAUGACUACAUAUGCAGAAUCUGGUAACCCACAGAUUUUGAAUGUCUUUUCUCCACUCUCUUCAUCCAUGCCUUGUGACAUGCACAUGGUCAAUCUAAGGACAAUACAAUCUAAGGCAGAUUCUGGGCCAUCUGAUGAAGCAGCCCUGAUCCUUCACAGAAAAGGAUUUGACUGUAGAUUUUCAAACAAAGACACAGGGCUAUUAUGCUCUACUACUCAGGGAAAGAUAAAGGUGCACAAACUCUUUAAUAAGUUAAUCAUUGAAAGUCUUAUACCUGCAUCUUUAUCACUGAUGCAUUCACCUCCAGAUGCCAGAAAUAUUAGUGAGAUCAAUAUGAGUUCGAUGGAGAUAAAUACAUUCCGGAUCAGACUGAGAUGAAACCUGGCUUUAUUCAUACAGAGAACAAGAAUCUACAGUUAUUUUUCCUUUAAAUUUGACGUGCAAUAAGAAGCACAUUGUUAUUCCAGUUUCUGGAUACUGUGAGAGAAUCUGCAUUCUAGAAUUUUUUUGUCUUUUGACCAACACAAUAAAUAGCCAUGUUGCAAACAACUUUUUCGUUUUUACAUAAAUACCAACAUCAGUAUAAGUUAAUGCAACACGUGAAGAAAUUUCUAAGGAUGUUAACCUCUCGACAACACGUUGAAUCUCAGGUUAAAUGCUGAUUAAUAGUUUCUGGGGUUUUUUUUGUUUUUUAAGGGAAAGGGAGUAGAACUUAAAUGACUUGUUUUUCUGAUCCUUGCUUGAUUUAUAUACAAAUAAUUGUCAUGUUGAAAUCCCUAAUACAGCUUUGAAUUGAAAUGGAAUAAAAAGCUCUUGUGUAAUAGCUAAUGUCCAAAUAUUUUGAACCAUUUAUAUAAAUAACAAUAAUCUCAGUUUAUUCCAUACUGAAUUUCAAUUUAUUCAAUGGGAUAGAAAAUUGAAUCCCGCGGUAAAAUAAAAGGCAGGAGUCUGUCUUGUUAGUGAUGGUAGUUUUUAAAAAUUUUGCCCUAUCAUCACUUUGUGACUUUCAUGGCUUAAGAAAAUGUAGAAAUUCAAAUUAAUCCUGCGGUGGAAAAAGUAUAGGAAUAUUUAAUAAAACUCCCAUUUUGUUAUUUGACAUAUUGGGAUAUGUGCAAUUAUUCCAUUAUCAUAUACAAUAGAAAAGUAAAUGUGUAAUAAUCAUGAAUACAAGAUUUUUUACAAAAACUCAUUUGGAUACUGAUGUUCUCUGAAAUGGGUUUUCUAUAUCAAGAUUAAUGUGCCUUAUUUUUUAAUGUGUCCCGUUACUAUUUUACUGUCCACAACACUGUUUUGGGGAAAAGGGUAGUUUAUAUAAUACUUACUAUGUGUCUUCUAUUUGACCAUGCUGGCCACACUCUGAUCUAUGUCCUUCAGCACCAAAUUUGGGCUGUGUUGUUCUGAACAUUUUGACUAUUUGAAUGUACUAAAAUGUUACAAGACAAAAUAUUGUAAGAAUGAGGAAUACUGUAAUAUUCAUAUUCAGCCACUGUCAAGGAAACUGCAUCUUGAUGCAGAGAAUUGAUAGUAUGUAAAACAGUUUGCAAAACCCAUCAUAAAUGUAUUUGCAUUUCACAGAUUGCAGUAAACUGUGCAUUGAGACUCAUGUGCCUAUAUAUUUUAAAAUGCCACUCUUCAAACUUAAUAAUCAUGCUUACAUAUGUUGCCAAUGUUUACCUUAUUGGGGAAUAGCUUUUUAUUCCUCUCACUUCGUUUUCACCAUGUUAAGUAUUUUGCAUCGAAUGCUGAAACCAUGUGAGUAUGGACAUUCUGUUUCCCUGAAUUAGCUACUGUUUACAAUUAAAUUGUACUAAUUUGCAUCUGAGUAUUAUUCCCUUUCUGAUCUUCUUUAAUCUUCUAUCUCUGCCUUCAUUUUUGCUUAAGCUUUACUUUUACAUUCAUCAGUGAUUUUAUUUAAUAAUAACAGAUAAACCCUCUUACCAACAAAAGACAUUUCUAACUCUAAAAAUGACUGCUGUGCUAUUUUAAUUAGAUAAUUUUGGUGCUGUGAUAUAUCAAAUCAUAUCUUGUAGCCAUACAUUCUAUUUCAAAUGUUAAAUUAAAACAUUUUACUUUUUCUUUUUGCAUGUACUGUCAUGGUUUCAAUGUCUGUUUAUCAUGAUUGCAUAAUUCAUAACUUAGUUCAAUCUGCUAAAUAUUCUUAAGAGUAGAAUAUUUAGCAGAAUUUAGUGUGAAUUAUGUCAAGGAUAUGUUGACCACUAACCAUUUAUGAGAAGUUGAGAAUUAUAUUUGAGACUAUAGAGAACAGUAAAUUGAUGUUUUCAUGCAAUAAAGAUGUACUGUAAGCUUUCUUGGCUACAUUAUUUGAAAUUUUCCCCUUUUAAAUUGAAAUUUACAAUCUGUAAAUUCGUAGAAAAUUGUAGUAACAUUUUCUAUUUUUUGUUGCAUAUUUAGAUGAGAAAUCUUCCGAGCAUUCUUUGCAAAGACAAUAUUCAAAAUAAUAUCUUAAAUUAUGUUAGGAAGAAAAUUAAAAUUCUGAUGCAAUAAAAUUGAAAGUAUUCUUCCCCAUUGGAGUCGUUUCCAAAGGAUCUGUUUCUAUAGAAUUAAACCAUGUAUUGUAUAAGUUUUUCAUUUGUUACCAACUGUACAAUCAUAAUACCUGAAUAUUCUUUAACCAGCAGAUUUCUGCUUUGUUCUAGUAUAUUUUAUCGGGAGGUGGGGGGGAUGUACAGGAGACUUAAAUGCCUUCUGUUUAAAUUAUAAGUUAUGGUAAAGUUUGAAUCAGUUUGAGGUCUGUUAUGGACCUCCUUAUCUCAAUCAAAAUUUCCAUCAAAGUCAGCAAGCAGAGAUUAUGCUUAGGUGUCAGUUCAAGAUUGUGCUCUUGCUUCCCUCUCCCCCAUACCUCCUAUGAUUUGUUACUCAAUACUUUAAUUGUAAUAUUGUGGUUUUGGAGAUAUUUUUUUCUAUGCAUUAACUAUACAUACACCAUCCAAUUUUAAUUAUAUUUUUACAUUUUUUCUAAUUUUGUAUAGCUGCACUGGUGAUUGAGAUCCAAGCAUCCUUAAUUUCCACAAAUAAAGAUUUAAAGAAAAUUCAGUUCAGGAUAUGGCUUCAAACAUUGUAAUUAUUUUCCAGACCAUAAUUGUACUUACAUUGAGGUUGUGGGGUGUUGUUUUUUUUUAAACAUUCCCUUAUCUUAAAUGUCUUUGAUUUUUUUUCUUGCUCAUCCUGUCUCUGAAAAACUGGUUUAAAUGGAAUGUUUUUGAUAUUUUCUCUUGGAAGGUUUUAUAUCUUUUUGGGGAAAUGGAAUAUAAGAUCGCUAAUAAAAGAACUUAUGGUGAUAUGCUGUCUGUG